AUGAGAGAUCCAGAAUCCUGCAGAAUCAAACACACUGAAGAUACUGAAGAACUAACAGAACUGAUUGAAGAAAACAAGGAUAAUCAAGAACUGAGUGAAUAUGAGGAGAAACAUCAUGUCAAAAAACAACAUUUGAGUUGCUCUCAAACCAAACAGAAAGAUUUAAAGAAAAGAGCCAAGAAAUCUUUCACCUGCACUCAGUGUGGAAAGGGUUUGACACGCAAAAAAAGUCUUGAUGUUCACAUGAGAGUUCAUACUGGAGAGAAACCGUUCACUUGUGAUCAGUGCGGGAAGAGCUUCACACAAUCAUCAAACCUUAAAAAACACAUGAGAAUUCACACCGGAGAGAAGCUGCACACAUGUGAUCAGUGUGGGAAGUGUUUCACAGAAAAAGUACAACUUAAAAACCACAUGAGAAUCCACACUGGAGAGAAGCCGUAUGCAUGUGAUCAGUGCAGGAAGAGAUUCUCACGCGAAACAAGUCUUGAGAUUCACAUGAGAAUCCACACUGGAGAGAAGCCAUUCACCUGCGAAAAUUGCGGGAAGAGUUUCACACAAAAAAUACAUCUUAGGCAGCACAUGAGGAUCCACACUGGAGAGAAACCAUACCCAUGCGAUAAAUGUGGGAAGAGCUUCACGAAUUCAUCACACCUUAAGAGUCACAUGAGGAUCCACACUGGAGAGAAGCCGUUCAUGUGUGAUCACUGUGAAAAGACAUUCUCACACAAACAAAAUCUUGAGCAUCACAUGACAGUUCACACUGGAGUGAAGCCGUUCAUGUGUGAUCAGUGUGGAAAGAGUUUUGUGGACUCUUCAAAACAUAAAAGACACAUGAAAAUCCACACUGGAGAGAAGCCGUUCACGUGUGAUCAGUGCGGGAAUAGUUUCAAAGAAAAAACAGACCUUAAGAAACACAUGAGGAUCCACACUGGAGAAAAGCCUUAUGUGUGUGAUCAAUGUGGGAAGAGUUUUACGGAUUCAGAGUACCUUAAGAUUCACAUGAGGAUCCACACCGGAGAGAAGCCAUUUGUGUGUGAUCUGUGUGAAAAGAGAUUCUCAAUUAAAACUAGACUUCAAUUUCACAUGAGAAUCCACACUGGAGAGAAGCCAUAUGCAUGUGAUCAAUGUGGGAAGAGAUUCAGAAUCAAAUCAAGUCUUAAGCUUCACAUGAGGAUCCACACUGGAGAGAAGCCGUUCAUGUGUGAACAGUGUGAAAAGAGAUUCUCAAUUUUAAAAAAUCUUAAACAUCACAUGAGAAUCCACACCGGAGAGAAGCCGUUCACCUCUUAUAUGUGCUUUCAGUGUGAAAAGACUUUCAUUUCAGCGAAUCAGUUAAAACUGCAUGAGAGGAUUCACACUGGAGAAAAACCUUACAAGUGUUCACACUGUGACAAGAGAUUCAAUGUGUUAGGAAAUCUGAAAACACAUGAGAGGAUCCACAGCAGAGAGAAGCCGCACACGUGCGAUCAGUGCGGAAACAGUUUUGCUUAUAAAAGUCACCUAAAGCUACACAUGAAGAUCCAUGCAGUGGAGAAACCACUUAGCGGUUAAACCAAUUUGUUUCCUAACAGUCAUGAUGAGCGACAGGAUGUUGGUUGAUUGGUAUCUGUUAACUCCUGUUCACACCAGCACGACUGUCCGGAGCAAAAAUGCAGUCUGAUUUUCACAUGAGA